CUCGCCCAAUAUAAGGUGCACAGAAAAGAGUGCCGCAGGCUUAUAUAUCGAGAAAGGAACCUUGUUGUGUAUAGUUUAAUCUGAAAGCUCGCUGCACUAAAGGGAUGUGAUAUUAACACAUUUACAACUGAAAGCAAUUACAGAACUUCAAACACCACGAAGCACCUCUGAUGACGGCGCCUCCACAGAAACAUCGGAUGACGCUAGAAACAUCCAAUCGGAUGUCAGGUGCUAGAUGUUUAUUUGUCCUCCUUUUAAUGCUCUCUAUAAAUGCACAAACUGUGAGGACAAUGAACGUUCACCGAUUGAAAAGAUUAACCAAGGAUGAUACAUGUUAUGGAAUGAACAAAACGAUCACAUUAGUAGAAAAUUUUUCAAAAAUCUCAACAACUUUCGAAAAUCGUGUGCGCGAAAAAAAUUGUGGAAGCUUACCAAAAUGCAAUGGAGAACCAAUGGUUUAUCACUGCCUUAGAUUUAAAGACGGAAUUGUAGAAGUAUGCUCUCCAGAACGUGUAAUAAAAGGUAGUUACUGUGUUGUAUUUGACGACGGAAUUGGAAGAGUCAUAGAAGAUUUUAACAGCCCAUGCUCUGAAUGUCCUUUCAAGUAUCAGUCGGCUGACUCAUUCAAAUAUCCAUCCUGUGUUAGAAAAGAAAAUUUAAAAACUACUACUACUACAUCUCCACCCGAACAGAACACGAUAGGAAUAUCAAGAAGUCCAUGUUGUAAUAGUAAAAGAUGCAAGCGUGAUGGUGAAGGUUGUUCUAAUAAAAAAACCAAAAGCAAUCAUGAGAUAUUUGUGAUUAAUGAUCAACCUGCUAGUGGCGAGGAAGACAACUCGACGAUAGAUCAACCUGCAAGCAGCGAAGAAGAGGAAUCCUUCCCUGUACGAUCCGUUGCAAUAAUCACUCCACUAGCUGCAUUUAUUGUUAUCAUUAGUCUAGCUAUCAUUGUCUUCAAGCGACGAAAACAUAACGACACUCAAAAGGAAAAACAACAAAAUGGUUUAACACAGUAUAAUGAAAAGCCUAAAAAUGAAAAUACCACUGGAAGCGCUGUACCUUUGAUUUCCAACGGAAAACUAGAUAUUGCCAGCGCUUAAUUUGCUUUACCUUUCAAUAUUACUUUUACCUAUAUUCGGGGAUAAAAAUAGCAAUUAUAAAGAAAAUGGAGAAUAAAAUCUCAAAACUAAAACAGUUUGUAGAAUGUCCGAGUUUAUUUAUACUCUUAGGUAAAAUUAAAAGAAAGUCCUUUUGCAGGAAAGGGGGAAUAUUAGAAUUUGUAAAAAGUUACACAGUUUGUUAUUAAUAUUUUUGAAAAUUUAAUAGAUUCAAUUUAUAGAAAUGAAUUAUUUCAGGUUUUGAUUCAUAUUACAUAAAACCUUACUAUCAUACAUUAUGUAAGCCAUUUAGCGGAAAUAUAAAUUUUAAAUCAUUGUACGUAACAUUUUAGACUUGUUCAUAAGUGAUACAUAUUUAUGAAUAAGGUCUUUUAAAAUUACGCAUCCAUACUGGUACAGUCAUGUUUAUGAAAAAAAUACGUUCAUAUUAAUAUGCAUUCACAUGUACUAAAUGACCUGAAUCGCGCUAGUGUAAGAGAGGGAUAAAAGUACAUUGAAUUUUAAUUUUUCUGACAUACGUAUACAGGUAAAAACGUUUUUAAAAGACAUGUAUUUUUUCAUAGUUAAUUUAAUCCAUUGUAUAUAGCAUAAAGCAUAUUCCAAAGGGUCGGGUCACGUCGAGUUGCCAUGCGCGGAUCAUCAGACCAAAGGAGACGCGAAGCGUCAACUUUGAUCUAAUAAUGGCCACGAUUUUCCCCAACAACCACAUUUAGGUGCCUUUUUUUACUUUCCACCUAGGUGACUAUGCGUGCAUGGCGAGACUCUUAUACUCAUCUUUAAUUUUUACAUAGAGUUGAUAAUUAAAAAUCAAAUAACGAAUAAAAUAGACUGAAAAAUUGUAUUAUCAUAUCGUUUACUUUAUUAUAUAGCAAUAUUAAAUUUAUUUAUACGCAUUGUUCAUUAAUUUUAAACUAUUAAAUUUCUUUUGCUUUUUCUAAACGAAAUAUAAUCAUGAUCGCAUUUGUUUAUCACACAAUUUUCUGACUAUUUUGCCGUAUCUAUAAAGAGUUGUAUUUGUUGUCAAUAUGAACUGAAAUUAUGUAUUGUAUCAUACGAGUUUAGAGCUUUCUGUACACUGAAAAAGCAUAUUUUAUAUAUAUAUAUAUAUAUAUAUAUAUAUAUAUAUAUAUAUAUAUAUAUAUAUAUAUAUAUAUAUAUAUAUAUAUAAUUUUUUUCAUUUGUAAUUAUUUAGGGGAUGUUGGGUCAUCUUGUACAUUUGAGGAUAAGAAUGUAGGAACUGGUUUGUUUCUGCCCAAAACUGGCCAAAUAUGUUGGCAAAAGAUAUGAAAGUAAUUAAAUUUAUUUACUAAUCUAAUGGUGUAAACUUUUUAAGUGUUAACAAUAUCAAAGAAUUGUGUAAUUUAGGAAAAUUCAUUAACAAUGCCCUCACGUUCAGUAUGGUUUGAAGUACAUUGUGCCAUUUGCUGAUUUAUACUGGUAUUACUAUAUAUAUAUAUAUAUAUAUAUAUAUAUAUAUAUAUAUAUAUAUAUAUAUAUAUAUAUAUAUAUAUAUAUAUCUGUGUGUGUGUUAUUUUUAUGUGUAUUUAUCAGUAACAUGUAUGUCAUUCUCCAAAUACAAAUAAUUUAAUCUAUAAACAUACGAAUUUGUAAGAGUGAAAAUUUGUAAGAACUGACCGUCCAUUUUUCUCGAUAUUUUUCUAUUGUUCACCAUUAUAUCAAGUGCUAUAAGACGUAUGUCUUCUGCAAUAAAGAAUUUGAAAUAGUAA